AUGGCGAUGCUCAUUGUAGCCACCACGGUUUUCCUGUACUAUACAUUAUGGACACUCUUCAUGCCGUUUGUCGACGAUGACCAUCCGCUUCAGGGUAUCUUUCCUCCCCGUGUUUGGGCCAUUAGGAUACCUGUCAUCCUUACCCUCCUCGCAUCCACGAUCGUGGGAUCAUUCCUCUCCAUGGUCAUGAUCCGAAGCAACAGGAAGAAGGCUGCAAAGGCUGCGGCCGCGGCAAAGAAGACGAAAUAG